AUGCAAGAAGAUAAGCCAAAAGCCAGUAAUUCUGAUCCGCAAAUUAGUUUCUCUUAUAGGAACUGUGUUUCCAGUCAGAUUACAUUCUCGCGUACUGUUAAAAGACAAGAACAUUGGUCUGAAGAUGCAAGGUUGGAAUGGUAUUAUAGAACUUUUCCCAGAAAGCAUCGCACAAUUGGAAUGAUGGGGCAUGUCCCAGGAGGAUUAUGUAAUACAUGGAAGAUGGCUAAGAAUGGAACAGCAUCUUCAUAUCAAUAUUCUCGAGUUAAAAGCAAUCUUGUUCGCUCUACUAGCCUUCAAGGAUUUAAAGGACCAACUGAUUAUGAUACGCACAAACAAUACAACAUGCGUUGCUUACAUAAAUCAUCAGGAGAAACAACAUCUACUUUACUGUCAAAGAUAGCGGAAGAGCUAUAG